UCUACGGAUCUAAAAAUAAGGUCGUAUUUUUACAAGUAACAGGAAAAUAGUUCCUUAACACGCUCUACAAUGAAACUAUACUACACAGUUAUUAGUGCCGCUUUAUUAUUUGUUAUCUGCAAUUUGCCGCAAGUUUCUAAAUGUAUGACGCAGGGAGAUCUAAUAUCGCAAUGGGCGGAUAAGUUAGGUGAACAGCUUUGGAAUCUGGGUACAGUGGUAACUAAAAGACUUGACAUUGAAAAUAGCUACGCAUUUGUAAAUCCCGAAACGAAGGAUCCAGAAAAGAUUAUAAAUGAUAUCGUUAAAAAUGUUUCUGCUAUGAUGAUGAAGAAAAGGAAAGCAGUGGUUUGCAUUUUAAAAAAAGCCGAAAUGGCAGCAGCUGAAUUUGAAUUGAAUGAUACCGAUCGCAAUUAUACGUACUACAGAUCAAAUCCCCCUAUCAAAGAUGAUCAGAAUGAUGAUGAUGAGGAUCAUUCUGAUCCUGAUAUAGACAUGUACAGGCGUAUGGACUUGGAUAACGACACUCAUUUUUUCAAUAUUCCUGUCAAUACAGCACACAGUUCUGUACACGUUCCUACCAACAUUUAUCAUAGACACGAUGAAGCUGAAACAGCCAUCAAAUGGUCAUCAGUUUUGGACGAAGUUUUUAUACAAAAUUACCGUGCCGAUCCUGCCCUUACCUGGCAGUAUUUUGGCAGCUCAUCGGGGAUUAUGCGGCACUAUCCAGCCAUGAAUUGGACAAUAUCAGAUAAGGGUUUAUUUGAUUGUAGAAUAAGAACGUGGUUUAUUGAGGCAGCAACUUGCACGAAGGAUGUUGUAAUACUGUUGGAUAACUCUGGAUCUAUGCAAGGUUGGAGCAAGCACAUAUCAUUUUUGAUAGUGAAUACGAUUUUGCAAACUCUUUCAAAUAACGAUUAUAUAAACGUAAUGAAUUAUUCCGAAACGGUUGACUAUUUAAUACCCUGCUUUGGAGGUAAACUCGUUCAAGCUACUGAAGAAAAUAUUAAAGUCAUUUUGGAUGCCCUACCUUAUUUGGAACCAAUUAAUAAGUCUAACGUAGACUUGGCUUUAGUUGGUGCGUUUGGUUUAUUGCAACAUUACAGAGAAAUUCGUAACUGCAGUGCAAACCAGCGUAUGUGCAACCAAGCCAUUAUGUUAAUAUCGGAUGGCAUUCCGAGCAACUUAAGUGAGAUUAUCCAGGAAUAUAAUAGACUAGGAAACGACAGUAUACCAAUAAGAAUUUUCACCUAUUUAGUAGGGAAAGAACCGGCACAUCUAGAAGAGUCUAUGUGGAUAGCCUGUAAUAAUAGAGGGUACCAUUGCCAUGUAGAUGCUUUAGAGCAAGUGACUCAAGCUGUUUACAAGUACGUAAUGGUGUUAGCUCGACCUUUGGUAUUACAAGCGGAGAAGAAUCCGCUGUCUUGGACGCAUGCAUAUGUGGAUGAAACGUUUUCAAUGGGCAAUGAAAACUUUGAGCAAUACCGGUUGCUGACAUCAGUCGCUGGGCCGGCGUUUAAUAAAAAAGUUAACAAUACAAGUAAGAAAAAGGCGGAAUUGCUUGGUGUUGCUGGGACGGACGUGCCGAUUGGAGACAUUGCAAAAUUAAUGUUCCCUUAUAAAACUGGAGCCAAUUCGCAUUCGUUUAUCGUUAGUAACAAUGGAUACGUCUUGAAACAUCCGGGUUUAAGUCCAAUGUUUGAUGGCGAAUUAACCGUUAAUUAUAAUAGUAUCGAUUUGACCGAAGUGGAACAGUUGGACGACGGUGCUGGACCUCGUGUGAUCGGAAGUGAAUUGGCAGAAUUAAGAUCAGCGAUGGUAAAAGGGGAAAAGGGAGUUUUGCACGACUUAAAAAUCAAGUUCCACUACGACAACAUGAGAAGGGUGUCGAGAGAAGUAAACGAUUACUAUUAUGCCCCUAUUAAUGGCACUCCAUUUUCAAUUGGAUUUGCGAUCCCUGAUUUAUAUGGAAAUUAUUCCAUUGAAGUGGAAGACAAGCUGGAAACGUACAAGCACAGUUUUGUAAAUAUUACAUCGUUUUUCAAUGGGACAAAUUGGAAAAUACAUCCAAAAUGGGUCUAUUGCAAGUAUCACUACCUGGAAGGUCACGAAUAUGAAACGCCCGAAAAAGAGUUACUCCACUUUCUGAGUAAAAUCAACCAGGACGACUUUAAGUGGACGAUGCAAUACGAAGAGGAGGAGGAGGAGGAAGUCGACGAGAACAUCAAUUUGGAAGAUCUGAGCGACGAAGAUUGCGGCGCCAAGACGCUCGAGGAUGAUGCGUACUACUGCGACAAAAAUUUAGUGCAGCAUCUAGUUUUUGACGCCAACAUAACAAAAUUAGCUUUUGAAGAACCGUGGACACAUCGUACCGAAGAAGAGUACCAGUUAGUCAAGCUUUAUAAUGCGACGCUUAGAUUUGUGUCAACCAUGAGUGGAUUCACUCGAUGGGAGUAUAUUGGGGACGUUCAUCCGAAAUAUCCAACUUUUGGAGAUUUAUACCCACGGGCCAUUGAUGAACGAUUUUAUAAAACCGCAGUCAUAGAACAUAGAUAUAAUAACUACUCGUUUGUUUAUUCAACGCCGCUUGAGCAAAAAUAUGACGUAAACUUAUUAAUCACAGGAAGCCAUGCAAUAUUCCUUACUCAAGAUGAUAAAGAGGCGCCAGGUGCGGUAGUGGGAUACCAAUUCUCCCACUCACAUCUAAGACAACAGUUUUCCAAAAUUGUAUCAUCGCCAUCACCUGCGUGCCGAAAUUGCCUUAAGUGCGAGGAUGAAUUAGAUUGCUACAUUAUUGACCAUUCUGGGUACAUUGUUGUCGCGAAGGAAGAAUACCUUACAGGGCGAUUUUUUGGUAUUACAGAAGGAGUUACAAUGGAAGCCAUGGUGCGAUUGGAAGUUUUUGAGAUAAUUACCGUUCGCAACUAUCAAGCAAUCUGUUAUUACCCACAGUGGAUCAAAGGCAGUAGCAAUGUCUUAACCACGCCACUUCGUUAUUUCAUUUGGAGUGUGCAGUGGAUUUUAGGGCAAAUAGCAUGGAUAAGUUUUAAAAUAAACAUACCUUUCCUUUGGGAUGCGAAGUUUCUACAAAUAAGCGCUCAAGAUACUUCCUCACCGCCUCCCCCAAAACCAACUGCUAAAAAAUGUCUUAAAAACUGCAAACAGGAAGAAGAAGAUUGGCACGCGCAAAAUAAGAUUCCAGUUCAUGAAACACGCCGUACUGCAUGCGAAUUAGAACGGCAUUUAUACGCCUUCAAUCCGAAAAUGUUUAAAACCAGCAAUCCUUUUCCAGAAGAGCUCAGGAUAGAUGACUGCAAAAGGUUUCGGAAGCCACUUGUUUUAAUCAAUACCCAGUAUUUCAUUAUUUGCAGGCCGUUUUACUUGAAACAAAUCCCCCACACCAAUUUACUACUUAUCGCCAUAAAUACCGCUGUAGAAGAAACUUGUUACUUCAUGCACAGUAAUGCGGUUCAAGACAUUGUUUACGAGAACGACACUACAUUUCCAUGCCAAAAAUUGUAUUUAAACAAUUUACCUCGCAGUCCACUCACGGGUUGUUAUAAUGAACACCCACUUGAAAGCGAAAUCGACGACUGUGGAAGAACGGGAAGGAUUCAAUUUUACACAAAGUUGUUAAUUAUAAGCGCACUAUUAUUCAUCAUCCAAAGACAUUUUUAUUAAACUAAUUCUAGAA